CUCUCGGAAUGUCCAACCACUGCUGAGAAUUCAGGAUGUUUAACUGGGUGGUGAAGGUAGUGCCACAUCCUCCUGAUGGACAGGACGGUCUGGAAGAGGACUUGGCCAGUGUGGUAAAUCUCUUAGAAUCCCGUCAACACAAACAUAAUGGGAAACCAUCAAAGCGAGAUAAAUUAAAAUCAUCUAAGUCAAUAAGAGAAGAAGAUCAAACAUCUCAAACUUCACAGGGCAGUGUUCAUAAUGGUAUGAUUAACUGGCUCUCCAAUGGUUUCGCAAGUGCACUGCCUCAACCCGCAGGAAGUCCUCUUCUCUCCAGAGCCAACUCUGAUGCUAAAUCAAUGCAUGAAGAAGGUUCUGCAGACAGGACUGGAGUUAUUGGUUGGAUCUCACAUGGAAUUGGAAAGGUGGUCCCUCAGCCUGAUGAGAAAUACAGACACGGAGAGACUCCAGAUUGUGAAGAAGCCACAGAGGUCUAUGAUGUCAAAGAUCUCCCAGAUUCUGAGCCUUUGCCACAUAUACCAGUAGUAGAGAUGGUGUCAGAGGAUGAAGUAUCUGAGGUGGAAGCACCUGCCCAGUUCCCUCCAAAAAUGAUGACCUGGAUAAAGAGUGGCUUUCAGAACGCUCUGCCUCAACAUGUGGUCAGACCCCCAAAUAACUCCAACGCGUCCUCGCCGAGAUCAUCACAGUGCUCCAACAAAGUUUAUUCACCGCCUCCAGAAUCGAUUGCCAGCGUGACAGAGGUUGAUUUAAAAGCUGCCAGUAUGGUCACUCGAAUUGUUCAAGGUUUGGGCCUUUCGAUGCCACAGCCAGUACUAAAAAACAAGGAGGACAGAGAGAUUGUGCAAAACGAUGAAGCUCAACCGAAGGAAACAACAGCAAAAGCAGCAGAGAACUUACUUCCAUGUCCAUCAGCUGGGCUCCAACCACAAACACCUAAAUCACCAGAACAAUCUCUUCCACUGAGUGUCACCACACCCCCACAAGCCCACACAGAGCAAGAGGACGCAGAGACCCAAACAGCACGAUGGACACCCAUGAUCGAGAGCAUCAAGAGAGAGGCAGAGGAUACUGCCAUAUUAAUCAUGGAGGAACGGUUGAUGCAGGAGCGUCUGGACAUGGCUCGCAUGGCAGAAGAAGUCGCGAGGAAGACAGCAGAGAUGGCGGUCAGAGAGCUGGCACAGGACAGGCUUGGCAUUCAGACCAUUGUGGAAGAACCAGAUGAUGUUGAUCAAGAGUGUCAAGCACCUUCACCUAAAGAGUUUCUUCCAGAAGAACAGGAGGCGGAGGAACAACCUGAAACCCCUGUGGAAGACUUCAAGUCCUCUUCACCUUUACAGGAGGAACCAGAGCUUGAAUCUGAGCCUGAGGUGGAUAUCAAACCCGAGGCUGAAUCCACACCUGGAUCUAAGAGCUCUAUAUCUGAAAAGCUUUGUGAAGAAGAAGAGUCUGAGGAAGAUCCUGACCCGAUCACUCACCAGCCUCAGUCCGUUUCCAGUCGCUCCGUUUCUGGAACCGAUACACCGGUGGAGAGUACUGCUCCUGAAGUGGAAAGUAGUGUCCCAUCCAGAUGUGAUGCGCUGAAGAGCUGUCUCAUGCACGUGCCCUGUGCUCCACAGGCCCUCGACCGCUUCAGCCGGUUCCAAAAAGAGAACAACAUCACCCUGCCCCGAGUGCCUCGGAUGCCCAACUUGCCCCCUUCUCUGUCUCAGAUCACCCAACAGCUGCCAUCCUUUCCCUUUCAAGUGUCUCAGUUACCCCGACAAAUCUCCCAGCAAAUUUCCCAAAUCCCCCAGCAAUUCCAAAACCUGUCUUCCAACGCAUCCCAGCACUUUCCCAGCUUCACCCUGCAGCUUCCCAGCCUCCCACAACAGCUGUCCAACAUUCCACAGCAAUUAUCCAACAUCCCACAAAACCUGUCCAACCUUCAACAACGGCUUUCUGUACUCCCACAACAGGUAUCCAACACACCGCAACACCUCUCCACCAUUCCACAAAAACUAUCCAGCAUUCCACAAAGGAUUUCCAGCAUUCGGACGCGUUUUAACCAACUUAAGCCAGAGCAGGAUGCCCAGCAGCAACUGCAGCAGAAUAGAGAACUGGAGUUGGACCAUCUCGUCCGCCAGUCUCCUCUCCACUCCCCCCGGACCCCCUCUCCUUCCUCCCCAAGCUCCGUCCUAGACCACCCCAAUGUGCCCUCGUACCCCCGUCUGCCACCCAUUACCCCUUCCAGGCAGUUGUCUGGUGUCUCCAACCCUGCCUUACACAUUGAAGAUGAUCCCACCUCUGCUAGACCCUCAGUGAGCUCCAGACUGAGCGUGCACCCGGCCGUGAAUGUAGAAGAUGUUGAUUCUGACAGAGGUAAAGGUGGAAGGAGAUCUCGUCCCAUACCACCAAUCAUAAAACCACAAGAUCCCAACCUGAAAACCCUAACUGUACCUGGUGCUCGCAAAGCCAACCGCACCAGAGACAGAAAACCACAAACAAUUUGGACCAAGAUCAAGAGACUUUACUCUCAAGAUGAUGAGGAAGAAGAGGAAAUAGAAACCGCAGUCAGGGCCUGGCCAAGCCAGAGCAGCAUCUCCAGCGCCGAUGAUGGGCUUAAUCAACGGCCCGCCUCUUCAGCCAGCCAGGCCAGUACUGUAGUGAACGAGAGGUUGCAGGAGCUGGUGAAGCUGUUUAAAGAAAGAACAGAGCGUGUCAAGGAGAAACUAAUUGAUCCAGAUAACUCAGAUGAUGGGACACCACCUGCCUCUCCAGCUAAACAAGCUCCAGCGCCCCCUCCUGAGCCUCCAGCAGAGCAGAAAACAGAGCAGGAGGUGCCCGAAGCCACUGUUGAGAAAGAAGAGGAAAAAACGAAGGUCCUAUGCUGUAAGCUCAAACCUCAGUCCAGGCUUGGUCGACUUCUGCGCUACCGCUUCCCAGCUAGCAUCGACCCCUUCACUAAUUUGAUCUAUGUGCUUUGGCUGUUUUGCGUGUCUUUGGCGUUUAACUGGAACGCGUGGAUGAUUCCCGUGCGUUGGGCGUUCCCUUAUCAAACACCUGAUAAUAUCCAUGUAUGGCUGUUGAUCGACUACCUAUGUGAUACCAUCUACAUUCUGGACAUCUUGGCCUUUCAACCCCGACUGCAGUUCGUGCAACAUGGGGACAUUGUGAGCAGCAAGAAGGAAAUGAGAGAUAAUUACAUCAAAGCUUUACGAUUCAAGCUGGACCUGAUCAGUCUCCUUCCACUGGAGCUUCUCUACUUCAAAACAGGAAUUAAUCCUCUCCUCCGCUUACCAAGGCUAAUGAAGUUUAUGUCUUUCUUUGAGUUCAACAAACGUCUGGAAGCUAUCUUGACCAAUGCAUACAUUUACAGAGUUAUUCGAACCACCACGUAUCUGCUGUAUGCUGUCCACUGUAAUGCUUGUCUUUAUUACUGGGCCUCAGCUUUUGAAGGUCUGGGUGUUUCCCAAUGGGUCUAUGAUGGAAACGGUAACAGUUAUAUCCGCUGUUACUACUUUGCCGUUAAGACUUUGCUCACCAUUGGAGGCCUGCCGGAACCCACAACACUUUUUGAGAUUGUGUUUCAGCUCAUCAAUUACUUCAUCGGAGUCUUUGUGUUCUCCAUUAUGAUUGGUCAGAUGAGAGAUGUUGUGGGUGCCGCCACAGCCGCUCAGACAAGCUAUCGUGCUUGCGUGGAUAACACGGUGAAAUACAUGGCGUCCUACCGCAUUCCUAAGAAUGUGCAGAACAGAGUAAAAACCUGGUACAGCUACACAUGGCAGUCCCAAGGCAUGCUGGAUGAACAAGAGUUGCUAGAUCAGUUACCUGAUAAGAUGAGACUGGACAUUGCUGUGGACGUGAGCUAUAACAUUAUCAGUAAAGUGCCACUCUUUCAGGGUUGUGACAGACAGAUGAUCUUUGACAUGCUGAAGAGACUCAAAUCUGUGGUGUACCUUCCAGGAGACUACGUCUGCAAAAAGGAUGAAGUGGGCCGUGAGAUGUACAUCAUUAAGGCUGGGGAAGUCCAGGUAGUCGGUGGUCCGGAUGGAAAGACGGUGUUUGUGACCCUGAAAGCAGGAGCGGUGUUCGGAGAGAUCAGCUUGAUGGCGAUGGGAGGAGGGAACAGACGUACGGCUAAUGUCAUAGCACGUGGUUUUGCUAACCUCCUCAUCUUGACCAAAAAGGACUUGAAUGAGAUCAUGGUGCACUAUCCGGAGUCCCAGAAACUUCUCCGCAGGAAAGCAAGGAAAAUGGUGACAAAAGAUAAAAAGCCAGCUGAGAAGAAAGAAGAAGAGAAGGAGCCCGUCCCGAUUAUUCCUCCUCGUGCCGAGACACCCAAACUGUUGAAGGCAGCAUUGGAGAUGUCUGAGAAAUCAGGCAAGAAAGGAACAUGGACCAAGUUGAAAGAAAGAAGCAAUAGAUCAAGUGUCUCCUUACAGCGUUCCAUCUCUUCAACAGCGACGCCCAACUCGCCCGCCCAUGAACCGAACUCAGAGCAGGAACCAGACGCCCUGUCUCAGAUAUCAGACAGCUCAAUGCAAAUCCCUACGACCCCCACCGGCUCUGGAGAUGGGAAUGUAUUUGCUGAAGAUGGUCCAAAGGAGGAGGAAGCAAAAUAGAAAUGUGUGAAAUAGCAGAUGGUGUGAAGUCAGACACGGUCACAUGAUCUCGGGAGUCUUCAUCUAUACAGCCUGCACAAGAAGCUAUUCUAACAGUAAUAAGCAGAUGUUUAUAUAUAUAUAUAUACAGUAUAUAUAUACUGUAUAAAGCAUAUCAUUUACUAUUAAGGUUUACCUGAGGUAGUCUAUGUUUAUAUUGUUGUCAGAAGCUGCAAAACUGCAAUAAACAUAGUUUGCUGAUAAAGUAAUUUCCCUUUUGAUAAAUGAUCAACUCAAACUGCUGACCAAGGGGUGUUGUGUGAAUGAUCACAAAUGAUGUCUUUCAAGAGAUGUGUGCCUUAAUAAAGCCUGAACACUGUUACACACCAUACACACCCUUACACCUCUGUGCAAACUCAUCGGAUGAUGACUUCACUGCCAAUAUUAAAGCAGUUCUGUAGCAUUUUUGGACCAGAGUAGUUGUCACAGUGGGUCAGAAUUGUAUGGCCUUUGACCCGGUGUAUGUGACAACUAUUGACAGGUCUUACUGAAACUUUACUUUGGCAAUAUGUAGGAUUUGUUGGACCGAGAAACAGAGUGCUGAAUAUUUUAGGAUGGACAUGGUUUUCAUAAAGCGUACGAAUAUUCUGAAAAAUUCUGUACCUCACCCCAUACUUCUUCCAGCUUUUGUGUGUUGGAGUCAUGCAGAUUUAUAGCAUUACACAAAAAAGUUUAGCAGCUGUAAUAUAUGUUUGAUACAUACAGGUCCGUACACUGUCUGACCUGAAUGCAUAAGUCAUAUUACCAGGUUUUCUGUGGAACAUCUGUUUGUUGUUUUGAAGACAAUGGUGAUAAAAUGGUUUUUUUUUCACUGUUCAUGAUAUCCAGAUGUAAGAAAACUAUGAAUAAAUCAAAUUUAUUAGGUGGCAAUAUUGUGCUGCCCUUAGCAAAAUAAAGUAACAGUUUGUAAAGUUGUUAUAGAAGUUUUUAGAAUCAUUGAUACAAGUUGAUAUAGAAGUUUUGUAAAUCAAUAGUGUCCCAAAAUGGCCUUUUUUAUUUACAACCGUUCUGAUUUAUUGUUUUAUUUUGUUUUCUGUUGUUUAGCCCUUAAACCUAAAAUCCAAAACAAAAUAGUAUAGCUCUAUUUAUUUAUUUACCUAUCAUGCUGGACAAUCACUUGUAAAAGACAACAUAAAGCUAUAGUAUACAAUGUACAGUUUUUUUGUUGUGUAAUAUUCAUUUGUACAUUUUGCUAAGAUUUAUUUCUACAUAGGUUUACUAAUUUCAUUAUGUUGCUGUUAAUAUGUAUUUUGGUCUUUUUGAGGAGCUAAAAUGCUUUAUGGAUUCCUUCCAGAUCUGCAAAUAAUUCAAAUACAUGUAAAUAAAAGUAGUUGACUUUAAACUAUACCACUACUAUUGGUAUUGUAUAUAAACGGAUGUUGAUUGACUUAGUAAGAAAUGGUUAAGUUGCAAUGUUGACACAGAAUAAAAGUUGAA